AGUGGAAAUCACAAUCACAACAACGCUGAAAACUUAAAUCAGAACAAACAAAAUGGGAUCAUGGAGGAUUAAUCUAACGGCGACAGCAAUAGCUUUAACAAUGGUGGUGGCUAUGGUGGUGGAUGCCGGAGAUGAUAAGGCGAAAGACAAGGAAGAGUGUACGGAGCAGCUGGUUGGUAUGGCCACGUGUCUUCCUUACGUGCAAGGACAGGCAAAAUCUCCAACGCCGGACUGUUGCUCCGGCCUCAAACAAGUUCUUAAUUCCAACAAGAAGUGUCUUUGUGUGAUCAUACAAGAUAGAAAUGAUCCUGAUUUGGGUCUCCAGAUCAACGUCUCUCUAGCUCUUGCUCUUCCUUCUGUUUGUCACGCCACUGCCGAUGUCACUAAAUGCCCUGCUUUGCUUCACUUGGACCCGAAUUCUCCAGAUGCCCAAGUGUUCUAUCAGCUAGCUAAAGGUUCAAACAAAACUGGCCCAGCCUCUGCUCCCACUGGCUUGGCCCCUGGGCCCACCAGCAUGUCUCCCACCGCAGGAUCCGAUGAUGGUAACAACAGUGGUCGAACAACCUCUGUGCCAGGCAGGAACAACGCUCAAAGCUUCUAUAAACAAUGGCUAGGGCUCGAAGUUGUUGUCCAUUUCUUCGUAAUUUUAUAUAUAUUCAUCCUCUUAUAGAUAGAUAAUAAUAACGAAGAGUGAAAAGUAUGUAACGUUGAUUUUGUGAAAUUGCGGUGACGCUGAGUUUUGCAGUUACUGUUUCGAUUAGUAUAUGUAAUUCUAGUUCGUGACAACUCUUCUUGAUACGGUUAUAAAAUCAGUAUAUCAUU